AUGAAGGAUUCCAUGUUUAUCUCACAGAGCAAGUAUGCCAAGGGCUUAGGCAAGAAGUUUGGAUUAGAGACGUCAGGUCACAAAAGAACUCUAGCUGCAACUCAUGUUAAAUUAACCAAGGAUGAGCAGGGAGAAGAUGUUAAUCAAAGUCUCUACAGAAGCAUGAUAGGAAGCUUAUUGUAUCUCACUGCUAGUAGACCUGAUAUCACUUUUGCUGUUGGUGUGUGUGCUAGAUACCAAGCUGCACCUAAAACAAGUCAUCUACUGCAAGUAAAGGGAAUCAUCAAGUACAUCAAUGCUACAAGUGAUUAUGAUUGGGAAGGUAGUGCAGAUGACAGAAAAAGCACAUCAGGAGGUUGUUUCUUUUUAGGAAAUAACUUAAUCUCGUGGUUUAGUAAGAAGCAGAACUGUGUAUCUUUAUCAACUGCAGAAGCAGAGUAUAUUGCUGCUGGAACGUCAGGAAAGAAAGAUUCUGUCAAGGCCAAGGUUGAAAGAACUCCACUUGGUGUGAAAUGCAUGGGUCUCAAGAGUGGAUCAUCAGAUCCAAAGAAGAGUUCUGUGAAGACGAAGACCAUGACUCAUGCAAGAAAGGAAGUCAUAGAUGAAGAAGAGCUUUCUGCUGAAAACUCUCCCACUGAUCAAGAUCAAGAUGCUGUGCCCGAUGCUAGGUCUUCUGUACCUGAAGAUGUCCCUGAUCAAGAAAUCUCUGAGAAGGAAUCCACUGCUCGUGAGGAUACAAGUGUACCCACUCAAUCUCAUGGUUCUUCUUCUCCUUCGAAAGAGGAUGAACCAGUGCAUAUAUCUACUGAUGAUCCUCAGUCCAAGGAAUCAAGCCAGGUUGCUGCCUUUGUUCAGAACAUCUCUGAUGAUGACUAUGAUGAUGUUCCUUUGGCUGCUACUCUUCCUGAUAGUGGUGCUGCCAGAAUCAAGCGAAAAAGAAGGGUUCCUGAUGUUGAAGAAUCUCCAGCUCCAAAGAAAAAGUCAAGAUCCACUCCAGCAUCUUCCAAGUCUAAGCAAACAGAUGUGAAGGGAAAAGGUAAGCAACAAGAAGAUAGAUCCAAGAGUGCCAAGAAAAAGAAGAUUCCAGUUGCUGCUGAGGAAUUUGGGUCAGAUGUUGAAGCUGAUGUCGAGGACAUCUUGUCUUCUGAGAAGAAGAAGUUUGCAGGAAAACGCAUUCCUCAGAAUGUUCCUGCUGUUCCUAUUGAUAAUGUGUCCUUUUAUGCUGAAGGUAAUGUUCAGAAGUGGAAGUAUGUGUGUCAACGCAGAAUUGCCAAGGAAAGGGAUGUUGACUCUGAUGUACUUGAGUGCAAGGAAGUGGUUGCACUUAUUGAAAAGGCUGGACUGAUGAAGACCAUUCUCAAGGUGGGAAGUUGUUAUGAAAGACUAGUGAGGGAAUUUCUGGUGAAUCUGUCUGUGGAAGUGGGACUUCCUGAAAGUGUUGAGUUUAGAAAAGUGUUUGUACGGGCUAAAUGUGUUGAAUUCUCCCCUGCUGUGAUCAACAAAGCACUUGGUAGAAGUGUUGUUGAGUUUGUUGAUGAGGAGUUGUCCUUGGAUGUGGUUGCCAAGGAGAUUACUGCUGGCCAAGUUAAGAAGUGGCCCAUCAAGAAGUUGCUAUCUACAGGAACUCUGAGUGUGAAGUAUGCCAUCCUUAAUAGGAUUGGGGCUGUGAAUUGGGUUCCUACCCAACAUACUUCAGGAGUUUCUACUACUCUUGCCAGAUUGAUCUACAAAAUUGCCACUUCUACUGAUUUUGAUUUUGGAGCUUUUGUGUUUGAACAGACCUUGAAGCAUGCUGACACUUGUGCUAUGAAGCUACCCAUCUCAUUUCCAUCUCUUCUUACAGAGAUCAUUCUUCAACAACAUCCUCAGAUCAUCAGGGCUGAUGAGGUUGCUUUGCCCAAGGGUGUUCCCAUUACCCGGGAUCAGCGGUUGUUUAUGGAGCCACAUGUCCUAGACAUUGCUGUGCCAUUUAGGAGGACUUCUGCCCCUGCUCAUGUGAGUGAAUCUGGAACUAAGGCCAUUAUUGCUGAAUUAAUGGAUGUUUCUAAGGCUCUACAGGAGAAUAUCAGGAUCAACACUGCAAGGAAGCUAGAGGUUGAUGCUUUGCUUCUCAAGCUUCAAGAGGAAGAAGGUCUAGAGGGUGAGCAAAGUGGUGCUGCUACUGCUCCUCAACAUGCAAACACUGAAGAGGAGGGAGAAUCUGAAGAAAGUAUAGAAGAGACUGAAGGCGAAUCCAGUUUUGCAGAUUAA